AUGUUGGUAUUAUGGACAUUGAAGAAGUGUAGGAAAGGAGAGACACAUACCGCGAUCCCAAUUUCCAUCUUGGACACGACAGCCAUAACACCAUCUCUCAAGAUGAAUGGAUUCGAUCCAGGGAGCAGACGAGAUGAUUUCAUAGAGAGUCAUUGGAGAUAUGUUUGGAUAGUAUUCUCUUCGAAUUACCAGCCCAGCGAUGGCAUCAACGUUGGGCAGACUCAUGGCCCCCUGUGUCGGGAAAGAAGUUCUGUCGAAGCUAGCAGAGUGUCUUCCCAUGAAGAAAGGACCAUAAUAGACCCAAAAGUCGAGCACCUCCGCAAGACGUGGGUCAAGGGUGCGGGAACGGUCCAGAGCGUAGUGCUGGGAGGCGCCAAUUUGAUUAUGAGUGUCAGUGACGCGCCUUGCGCGAUUAGAGACAAUACCCAGCUCCACUGUAACACGACAUGCCUUCUAUCUUGA